UAAUCUGAGAAUAUGCAAAGGAGAACCAGAAGAUAAGGCAAACAUUCACAGUAUUCACAAUAUAGACUGUGCAUCAAAUACAUUUUAUUCCUGUGCCCAAAAUCUAACAGAAUCAACAGGCAAAAGCAUGCAUCAGAAGAACAGUAAAAUAUGCCUGACAUUUGUUUGGAGGGCUCUGAAAGUGUUUGUCACUCUUUUUGUCUUUAAUGCUAUGUUGCAGGUUUCACCAGUUCAGUGCUGGACAUAUCACUACUCCGUAGAGAACAUGAAUUAUGAUCAAGCCCGUGUGUUCUGCAAGAACAGUUACACUGACCUGGUGGCCAUUCAAAACAAAGAAGAGAUAGAAUACCUAAACAAAGCCAUCCCCCACAACCCAACAUAUUACUGGAUAGGAAUAAGGAAGAUCAGUGGUACUUGGACUUGGGUGGGUACCAACAAAACACUGACAGAAGAAGCCCAGAACUGGGGGAAAGGGGAGCCAAACAACAAGAAGAACAAAGAAGAUUGUGUAGAAAUAUAUAUUCAAAGACAAAACGAUACAGGGAAAUGGAAUGAUGAUGCUUGUAUAAAAAAGAAGAGAGCUUUGUGUUACACAGCUUCAUGUAACAAAAGAAUAUGUGGUGAACACGGAGAAUGCAUUGAAACAAUAAACAACUAUACCUGCAGCUGUCAUGAAGGAUUUUAUGGGAGCCAUUGUCAAAAUGUGGUGAAGUGUGAGGAUCUUAAACAUCUGCCUAAUGGACAUAUCAACUGUACUCAUCCAUGGGGGGAAUUCAGUUAUCAGUCCUCCUGCAGAUUUGCCUGUUCUGAAGGAUUCCACAUAAAUGGAUUAAAUGAAACUCAAUGUUUAUCUUCUGGAGGUUGGAGCAGAGAAUCUCCCCAAUGUACAGCUAUACAGUGCGAGAGUCUGCCAACCCAACCCCACAGAUAUAUGAACUGCAGCCACCCGCUGGGUGAAUUCAGUUUUCAGUCUUCCUGUAAAUUUGCUUGUUCUGAAGGAUUCCAUUUAAAUGGAUCUCAUGAAACAGAAUGUUUAUCUUCUGGAGCCUGGAGCAGAGAACCUCCACAUUGCACAGUGGUGCAAUGUGAAAGCCUUUCAGGCCAAACACAAGAAUAUAUAUAUAUCAACUGCACUCAUCCAUGGAAGGAAUCCAGCUUCCAGUCCAAAUGCAGAUUCAGAUGUUCUGAGGGAUCCCAUCUAUUUGAACCAGAUGAAAUUGAAUGCUUAGCUUCUGGAACAUGGACUAGAUCACCUCCGCACUGCACAGGUCAAAUGGCUUCCCACAACCAUGAACAGGAUCACUCCAAAUUAUUAGUUAUAACAGGUGGAGCCACAGCUGCCAGUGCUAUUGCUCUUGCAUUAGUAGCCUGGCUUAUCAGUCGAAAACUAAAGAAAGGCAAAAAGAAACUCAGCAAGAUUGUGUGGACCUCCAGUUUAUUAUCCAAGUGUUCAACUGCACGUCUCUCAUUCUCUGUAACAGUGUUGUGGUCACUUAAGGCGUCACCUACAGUCAACAUAAUUGAAGACCACAUUGGUUGGCGACUGAAACAUAUCCAGUUGCUCUGGUUUGCUGCUGUUACUUGUGGGCUUAUUAAGGGUACCAGAGUAUCUGCAUGGACAUAUCAUUAUAAUACUGAGGCAACAACAUGGGAUGCAGCCCGUUCCUGGUGCCAAACCCAUUUUAUUGAUUUGGUUGCCAUACAGACCAAAGCAGAAAAUGACUAUUUGAAUGAAAUAAUUCCUUUAAAUAAAUACUGGGCAGGGAUCCGGAAAAUAAAUGAUAUCUGGACUAGAGUCACAACUAACAAAGCCGUCACAACAGAAGAGGAAAACUGGGCAAAAGGGGAGCCAAGUAAUGCUGGAAUAGUUUCAGAAGACUGUGUGGAGAUUUACAUAAAGAGGAGUAAUGAUAGUGGAAAAUGGAAUAAUGAACGAUGUGACACAAAGAAGAAAAUAGCACUGUGUUACCAAGCCAGCUGCAACACUACAUCCUGCAGCCAGCAUGGAGAUUGUGAAGAGGCUACAGGCAACUAUAGCUGUAUCUGUCACCCAGGAUUCUAUGGACCAAAAUGUGAAAAUGCCAUUACAUGUGAUCCACUUCAGAGUCCUCCCCAUGGCUGGAUGAACUGUACCCAUGAGUUUGGAGACUUCAGAUACAAUUCCACCUGCAACUUUACUUGCACAGAUGGUUUUCUGCUGAACGGCUCAAAGUCCAUGUUCUGCAACUCUUCCGGUGACUGGACACAGGCAGUACCUACUUGCGCAGCCAUUGCAUGUGAGCCACUUCAGAGUCCUCCCCAUGGCUGGAUGAACUGUAUCCAUGAGUUUGGAGACUUCAGAUACAAUUCCACCUGCAACUUCACUUGCACAGAUGGUUUUCUGCUGAAUGGCUCAAAGUCCAUGUUCUGCAACUCUUCCGGUGACUGGACACAGGCAGUACCCACUUGCACAGCAAUAGGAUGUCAAACCCUACACAGUCCCUCCCAUGGCCAGAUAAACUGUACACAUGUGCUUGGAGAAUUUCUGUACAAUACCAGCUGCGACUUCUCUUGCUCAGAGGGCUUUGUGCUGCAUGGCUCCCAGUCGGUGUCCUGUAGCUCUUCAGGGCAAUGGUCAGGUCUGUCUGCUACAUGCACAGCCAUUACAUGUGAGCCACUUCAGAGUCCUCCCCAUGGCUGGAUGAACUGUAUCCAUGAGUUUGGAGACUUCAGAUACAAUUCCACCUGCAACUUCACUUGCACAGAUGGUUUUCUGCUGAAUGGCUCAAAGUCCAUGUUCUGCAACUCUUCCGGUGACUGGACACAGGCAGUACCCACUUGCGCAGCUGUUCCCUGCCUGCCUCUUGAUCCACCUGAUCAUGCCCAGAUGAACUGCUCCCACCCCAUCAGCACCUUUAGCUAUAAAUCAACCUGUGAGUUUGUUUGUGCCAGUGGUUUCACUUUGAACGGCUCUCAGAUAAUAGAAUGUACUUCAACCACCGAAUGGGACCCUCCACCUCCUGCCUGCCAAGGUCAAAGCUUUUCCUUUGGGAAGCAGGUUCUUUUAUAUACUGGUAGUUCAGCUCUAGCUGCAGGUGGGCUUGCCCUUGGUGGUGGUCUAAUCAUUUUUAUAGUAAAACAAUUACGCAAGAAAGAAGACAAUUCCAUCCUCCUGCCACAUCCAAAAAAUCCUGUAAAUACAUUUGAAAAUCCAGCAUUUGUGAACUCAUAAGAUAACAGAAGAAAACAAAAGAAUACAAAAAAGAAAAUACAUUUUCUAGCUGAAGACAUCUGUAAAGCUGUCAGUGUUGCUACAUAAAUCCAACAGCUGUGUUUUUUUACUCUACCUUUAGAAAUUUUGUGCAAACAUCCAGCAUAAAGCGGAUGUGUCUAUACUGGGUUUUAAAGAUGCAGGUACCAUUCUGUGACCUAUAGAGCUCCCCUUGUAUACAUUCUGAUCAGUGGGUGUUCUGGGCUGGAGAAUACGAGGCACUGAUAUGCAUACCAGAAAGAAAAGGAUGGCUUUGAAUCCUUAUAGUCCCUAAAGGAUAAUGGUAUUAGGCUCUUAGGAAAGACAGAAUUAUAUUUCCAAGUAUUUGGUGAAGGUACCCUAGGCCUAUAACCUGCCUUAGACAAUCAGGGGUGACAAAGGUAUAAACAUAGCUAUUCCUUUUCAUAUAGCAAAUAACAUGAGGCAGGUAUUAAGUAUUAUAUCUAUAUCCAUGUAUAAAUGUAUAUAUAUAUAUAUAUAUAUAUAUUAUAUAUUAUAUAUAUAUAUAUAUAUAUUAGUUCUAAGAAUAUUGCUAAUUUCUAGUACAUGUCCAAGUGAGAGGACUACUAUUCCCAGUGGCAAGGGUGUGUGUGACCCUUGUCCAUUUUUCACUGCAUAAGAUGUACUUGCUAGAUUAAACAUUAAUCAUAUUGCCAGAUAUGUAUACAGUUCACUAAACUGACAGAUUUUAUUGUUUUAUUUUUGUACAUUCUGCAUUUUUUUUAACCUCUUUGCAAUUCAAUAAAGUUUUACAAGAAUUGU